UUCCUGUAAACUGUUUGGGUAUAUCACAACAAUAGACAAAUGUAAAACUGUUUUUUGCGCAAUUUAGACGAAAAUUGCGUUUUUGUUUGAUUAUACAUUGGACAUGUAAGCUUAUUUUGCCAGAAAUUUUGGGAGUAGUACCUUUUUGAUAGGCGUACGAUAAUUUUUUCAUCGGUACGAUAAUUUUGACACUCAAAUACGAUAAUUCUCUUCCUCUCACCUGGCAACACUGACGUAAUGUACAAGAUGGCGAUGAGAUGGUGUAAUUUUUUUUCGCUUGUUCGAGUUCCUUGUAAUUGAGAUUUGUUCUGUUUUGUUUUAUUUUUUUGGUCAUAAAUUUGAUUUAAUAAUGGAUGUUGAAGAGGACAAAUUCUUCGGUUGGUGUAAAUGUUGUCUUCAAGACGGCUGCUUCAGAAGCUUGUGGGCUGAACAUGAAGACAACGGGGUGGUGCAGAACUAUGGCGAAAUGCUCAACGAAUGCUUUUCUUUACAAUGGCCAAAACCCAACAACUUAUAUUUGGAGCAGAUCUGCGAUGAGUGCUCCAAGCGCACAGCGGAUGCUUACAGCUUCCGACAGCUGGUCCUGUCGAGUCAGGAGCAGCUCAUGCCCAGGACUGACCAGCCCUCUGAACUUACAGAAGUUCUUGAUGCAAAAUCAGGAGAAAUAACCUUGAUUGUGAAAGAAGAGGCUUAUAACGGCGAAUAUGAAGACAUUGGAAAAUAUGAAGAUGUUGGAGAAUAUGAAGAAGUGGAGUAUUUAGAGGUGGAAGAGGAGAAAGAAUCCAAAAUGGAUGUACUGAAUGUGGAGACUCAGCACGAACAACUUGUUGAUGACCCAGACUAUAACCCGGAAAUACCUAUUAAACAGGAAACAAGAUGGCGGCCGAAAAAGAAAAAAGGCGAGCAUAAGCGCACCUACAAGAACUACUCCAGCGACGAUUUGAGGCAGAGCUUUGAGGCGGCCAAGAGCGGGCGCAUGUCGGUGGCCGCGGCGGCCGCCGCCUACAACGUGCCGCGCAAGACCGUCGCCGCCAGGCUGCUCAGCCACAGGAGAGGCAUUCCUGUAACCACGAAGUCCGAUAAAGACGACGGUCUGAUGAAGGAAGUGAAGACCCUCUUAACAUACACCAACAUGACGCCGUACAAAACCCGCACGGCGCACUACCACUGCGCGUACUGCGGUACGGACGGACGCCUGUUCGAGGACACUGACGAGCUACGGGUCCACACUAGGACACAGCAUGCAGGUGAAAGAACCAAAGCCGUUGAAAACUUCCUGCGUCCACUCUGGCUCAAUGAGAUCCUCAAAGUUGACAUUGAGAACCUCCUCUGCACCAUCUGCUGCACCGCUUUAGUGACUUGGAACGACAUGUUCAAACAUCUCACCGAGAAACAUGGCCUGGUCUUCGACGAGGCCUACACCAGGGUCAUACCUUACAUACUCAAACCUGAUCUCCACUGCGCUCUAUGUAAGGCAAACUUCCCUAAUUACCACCAUCUCGACUCACAUAUGAAUGCUCAUUAUAAUAAUUAUGUGUGCUCCGAAUGUGGUGAUACUUUUCUAGCUUCAUCCCGAUUAAAGAAACAUCUUAAAAUCCAUGACACGGGGAGAUUUAUAUGUGAUGAGUGCGGUAAAGUAUUUACUUUAGAUAAAUACAGAAAAAAACAUGUAGAGCUGGUACAUAAGCAAGAACAGAAAAUACAAUGUUUGUAUUGCCCGGAGAAAUUCCUUGGCACUUAUCCUAGACAUCUACACGUUCUAGAAUAUCAUAGGGAGAAAAUCAAAACUGUAACCUGCGAGUUGUGUGGGAAGAGUUUCGAUUGGAGACCAUAUUUUCUUGCUCACGUCAGAAGGUCACAUAACAAUGAGAAGAAUUAUUCAUGCAGAUAUUGCACUAGUAGGUUUUUCUUGAAAACCGAGCGAAAGAGACAUGAGAUGUCUGUUCAUUUGAAAGUGAAAAAUAAGUGUAGGGUAGUUGCCCAAUUACCCAAUCAGAAGCCAGGGAAAUAUGCCUGUAGUUUUUGUGGGAAACGGUAUUCUAAUAAGAAUUGUUUGAUAACGCAUUUAGACAUGCAUAAGGUUAAGUUGAAUAUUGACGAGUUAAAGGCCAUCACUGAGAGCUGUGAACUUAGUAAAAGUGGGCUUAAUACUUCAAUUGACUCUUGAGUUUUAUGCUACUGCUCCAAAACGGCUAGAACAGUGUAGUCGCCAUCAUAUACACCGUGUUUUAUUGAAUUCCGUUAACUUCGGGGCAUGAGUACGUAUAAGGAGACUAAAUGGCAUGGGAUAGUUUAAAAAAAAAAAAAAAAUUUAGUUUUUUUUUAUAUAUAAAUUAAUUAAAUGCGUAUAUAGCGUUGUUGUAACACGGGCAUUACAUUAAAAUCAACCAAACAAUUGAAAACUAUGACGUAUCAAUGACAUCUUAAACAUUAGUCGUCCGAGAUAGUACUUACGUUUAGUAGCAAAUGUAUGGAGUGUGGAAUUAAGAGGAGUGACAUCUCUUAUGGUGGAACUGUUGCAAAAGUGUCCAGCUGUCAGCUAUAAAUAUUAGUUCCAAAUCUCUCCAGAGUAGCGCUAGAGUAGCUAAGAACCUAGGCGCUAUUGACGGAGUGGAGUGCGCUGUCUAUGAUUUGAUUUUUUUGUUCAAGCACUCUAGGUAUUGUAGCGCCACCUAUUUAAAGUUUUUAGGUCCAUGGAGAUUCGGCCGUCGUUUCCUCUUAAGGCGUUAGUGCGUGUUCAGAUAUUUUUGAGAACCCCAGCCGCUCCGAUAUAUUUGAUGGCGACUGUGCAUUGACCAUUGUCGAGACAUAAUUGUGUAAAGUGUGAUUGUGUCGCGUGAUGAGGUUGGCUCAAAAAAAUGUAAACAAAGAUUAUUUAAGAAUAUUUUAUUUGCAUGUAUUUUACAAAAUAUCAUUAAAACAUAAAAUUACAAUCAUUUAACCAAAUCAAAACGCAAACACGCACAAACAUUCUCCUUUAGCUCUGAUAAACAAACGAAAACGUUUGUUUGUUCAAAAACUAAUGAGAAAAUUGCAUUUUAUGCAAAUUUUGAGUUGUUUGCUUAUGUUAGCUGGUGGAAUUGAUUUUUAAAUGAUGAUUUUGAAUGAUACAUUUUUUGAAACGUUCAUUUGGAUUUGUUUGUUUUUUUGGUAUUUCAUAGUUAGUAUUUUCCUCGCCUUAGUGUGGCGAAAAAUUUUGUGUUUCACUCUGAGGCAAAGUUAGUUUAACCGUCGUGCCUUGAAACCCUCGCAACGCUCAGGAUUACACUUCUCGAACCACACGUUACGCUCGUGGUUCAUUUUUAGGAUCUUUCGCUUGCUCGGGUAUCAAUUUAGGACGAGCGGUUAAACAACAACUUUUCCCCCUUGUAAGACAAGUAAGUAUUGUCAACGUAUUUUGGGCGUAUCCUGACUGUAUGUAUAAUUUCAUAAGUGAAAUAUUGUGUAAUUUACAUAUAAAAGAAAAUGUACACUUUUACAUUGCUAACAAGGAAGGGUACCCAACUGUCCGACUCCGAUUUGAUUCAUUUUGAUAUAUGUUAUAGAGUAGUCUAAAAUAACGGACACGUAUUUUUUUUUAGCUGCCCAAACUCAACCUUUUAGGAGAAAAUGGCCUUCAAAGUACUAAAAAGUUACUAAAUCUUCUAACUCCUAUAGAAAGUGAUGCUCAAGCAACUUGCUAGUUAAUGGCUGGUUUGAGUAUAUGUUUGAGAGCAGCAAAAAAUAAUGAGCACGUGUUUUGUUAUAUCGGCUAAAACUAAUUUUUUCCUAAAAAAAUCGACAUUCGAAGUUUUAUAAUAUCUUAUCGCUAAAGUUACACGUAAAGACAGGUAUUUUUUUAGGAAAACUUGAGUUUAAGUAGAUAUAACAAAACACGUGCUCAUUAUUUUUUGCUGCUCUCAAACAUAUACUCAAACCAGCCAUUAACUAGCAAGUUGCUUGAGCAUCACUUUCUAUAGGAGUUAGAAGAUUUAGUAACUUUUUAGUACUUUGAAGGUCAUUUUCUCCUAACAGGUUGAGUUUGGGCAGCUAAAAAAAAAUACGUGUCCGUUAUUUUAGACUACUCUAUGACAUACAUAUAUCAAGAUGAAUCAAAUCGGAGUCGGACAGUUGGGUACCCUUCCUUGUAAGUUUUGAGGCACCCCGUCGAGUCAUUCAAUAUUUUAAGUAGUUUACGUUAUGAAUUUAUUAUAGUAAUGCAUAAAAUCCCUACUGAUGCGUUCUGAAAUUUUAAUAAAAUUAUUGAAAGCA